AGGCAAAGCGUGUUGACUGUUGUGUGUGUACAAUGUACAAGUACAGUGUACACCUGGAGCAACAACAAGGAAAUGACCUUACAAAAAAGCAACAAUCAUACAAAAACAACAGAAACAAGCUAGGGCAGUAGAUCUAGAUCUAGAUAGAUCUAAUCUAGAUCUAGUUAGAUCUAAAUAUGAACGGGUGUAUUGUUAUAAACUCUUUUUUUCAUUUCAAUCUUUUGAGCUGUCUUUGGAUCUUGUCGGCGUUGGCGAUUCUUGCGUUCCAUGUCCUUAUAUCAUGUGAAUUUUCUGUUGCUGUAAAGUUAAAAGGUCUCUAUCACUAUGGAAAAUUGAAAAUGACAUCCUGUGGCAGUGUGAAGACUUCACCACCCGAGUUUCCACUUCCACACUUCUUGUGUUCAAUACCUAAGAGAUGGUUCACUCACUUCUACGCCGUUGGUCUUUGUGCUCACAGUUUCGUAUUUAUUUUUGUGGUGUCUGGAGCUCUGGGCUUGUUCUUUGAAACUGGGCUGAAUGACCUCAUCAGAUGGAUCAGCUGGCCAUGUGGUGAAUCAGGUAUGGAGUGUAGCCCAUAUCCCUUUCUGUUUGUCUAUUUCAUGGAAUGGAUGCAAAUCAGCAAACGUCUGUUUGAGUGUGUCAAGGUCAGCCACUUCUCACCGGGCACAAUGAGUUUUGUCCACUACUUCUAUGGGGUUUUCUUUUACUCAUCGUUUGGAAUCGGUCUCUUGUCUUCUGUCAAGAUGAAUCUUGGAGAUUUCCCAGGUACCAUACCUAGAGAAGAGCUGCCGUAUAUUUGUGCUGGUGUUUGUGUUUUCUUUGUUGCGUGGUACUACCAACAUCAAAGUAUGCUGACUCUGGCCUCUUUACGCUCGGGGGUCAAAGAAAAAGCCUCUACCUCCCAUUACAUUCCGAGAGGUCACCUGUUUGGGUUUGUCUCCUGCCCCCACUACUUCUGUGAGAUGGUCAUCUACGCCUCCUUUUGCUUGGUCUUCCAAGGCAGGAACAGUUUUCUCCUGGCAGUCACUCUGUUUGUGUGGGUGACCCAGAUAGUCUCAGGGCUGCUCACUCAUCGGUGGUACUUACAGACAUUCCCUAGCUAUCCCCGGGAGAGAAGAGCAGUGAUUCCGUACUUGUUGUGACCUCAGUGAGAAAGUCAGGUUGUGUAGUGGAGUGUGAAAGAAACCAAAGAUCUGCCCAUCUGAAUGUAGGUCUGUGUGUAUGUCUCUUGUUUGCUUUUUCUACUACUUUUUUAUCUUUUUCUAUCCCUCUUUCCUUUUUGUCUACUCUCUUUCUAUAUGCUGUCAAGCCCACACAUAGCAAAUAGAUUUUCAGGUCACAAAUGUUUUCUUAUAUUUUCUUUUGUCAAAAAAAAA